AUGGUAAGGAACCACACAGUCAGCUGGCUGGCCGUGGCUGCAGACGCAAAACUCACGGUUGAAACAGUAAAAAUUGAAACAACACACAUUCUCUCUUCCCCAACCGACUACCCGCCGCCUCACUCGCCGCCAGACUGGCAGGGUGAGUCUGCUCACUCUGGCAGCCUGGAAUGUUCGUCCUUUUAGACAAUCUGAGGAGCAAUCGAACGGAACGGAGGACAGCGUUAGUGGCUCAGGACCUGGCGCGCUACAAGGUGGACAUCGUCACACACAGCGAGACCCGGUUCUCCGAACAAGGCCAACUGGAGAAGGUGGGUGCCAACAUCAACUUCUUCAGGAGCGGUCACCCAAGGCAGAGCGACGAGACGCGUGUGUCGCCUUCGACACCCGGAAUGACAUCGUGGGACUACUGCCCUGUGUGCCGCAGGGCAUCAACGAUCGGCUGAUGAGCCUCCACCACUAUCAUCAGUGUGUACGCUCUGCCGAUGACCAGCCCUGACGCUGCAAGAGACAAAGUCUACAAGGACCCACAUGUCCUCCUGGUGAAUUUGUCGAAGGCGAAUAAGUUGAUUGUCCUUGUUCACAUCGACGUCCGCGUUGGCAAAGACCAUGCUGCCUGGAGAGGCGUGCUAGAUCCACAUGGUCUCUGUGGCUCAAAGGACAACGGCCUGCUCCUUCUACGAACCUGCGCAGAACACCGCCUCAUUCUGACGAACACCAUCUUCUGUCUGCUGGAGCGAGAGAAGGCCACCUCGAGGCACCCUCGGUCGCGUCAGUAACACCUGCUGGAUUAUGUCCUCGUCCGGAGACGAGAUCAGUGGGACGCGCUGGUGACAAAGACGAUUCCGGGAGCUGACGGGUGGACCGACCAUCGCCUCGUCAUCCCGAAGAUGCGUAUUCGCCUACAGCCUCCGAGGAGGCCACAAGGUAAUCGAUCCCCAGGUAGGCUGAAUAUUGCCUUGUUGUCUUUGUCUGCUCACCAUCUCCAUUUCAACAACGAGCUAGCUCAACAGCCAGACAACAUUUCAGCCAUUGAUUCCACCGCAGCCGCGAACACCUCUGUGGGGAACAGACGGUUUCAACUGCGGGACACAGUUCAGUCGACGGUGCUGUCCGUCCUCGGUCGGGCACGCCGCCAACAUCAGGACUAGUUCGACGACAACGACGCCGUCAUCAAAAACCUGCUCACUGAGGGAGAAGCACCGGCACAAAGCCUACGUCGAUCGCUCCCUCGACGACAACAGAGCUGCCUUCUACCGCAGUCUCUGCCUCCUACAACAGCGGCUGAGCCUGGGCGGCUCGAAAGGCUGAGGAACUCCAAGGGUACGCGGGCCGCAACGAAUGGAAGAAAUUCUUCUCCUCGAUCAAGCCUGCCUACGGUUCGCCGACCAAAGGCACUGCUCCUCUCCUCAACGCCGAUGGCAGCACCCUCCACACUGAGAAGGCACAAAUUCUACAGCGAUGGACAGAGCACGUCCGAGGCGUCCUCAACCGCCCAUCCACCAAUCCCGACGCCGCCAUCGCCCGUCUGCCGCAAGUUGAGACCAACCUGGACCUCGACAUCCCGCCCUCUCUACAGGAAACCAUCAGGGCCGUGCAGCAAAUCUCCAGCGCGAAAGCACCCGGAUCAGACGGGAUCCCUGCUGAGAUCUAUAGGCACGGCGGUCCCCAAAUCAUGGAUCAUCUGACUGCGCUCUUCCAGGAGAUGUGGUGUCAAGAGGAAUCCAGAAGGAUUUCAUAGACGCUACAAUCGUGCACCUCUACAAGCACAAAACGGACCUCCAAAUCUGCGACAAUCACCGACGCAUUUCCUUGCUGAACAUCACCGAGAAGAUCUUCGCUCGCAUCCUCCCCAACCGCCUGAAUAAUUUUCUAGUAGUGCAGGCCCUUCUACGGGAAAGCCAGUGCGGCUUACGCCGUCAUCAUAGGACCACGGACAUGAUAUUUGCUGCCCGCCAACUUCAGGAGAAGUGCCAGGAGAUGCGGACCCACCUGUACUCUAACUUCAUGGAUCUGACAAAAGCCUUCGACACGGUGAAUCGUGAAGGACUGUGGAAGAUCAUGCAGAAAUUCGGAUGUCUCGAGCGAUUCAUUCAGAUGGUGCGUCAGCUCCACGAUGACAUGAAGGCACAAGUCACGGACAACGGAGCUGUCUCAGAGGCAUUAGCAGUGACCACCGGAGUGAAGCAGGGGUGCGUCCUGGCGCCCACCCUCUUCAUUCUCAUAUUAUCUGCCAUGCUGAUGGACGCCUACCGUGACGAACGCUCUGGGAUCUACAUCGCCUACCGGACGGACGACCACCUCCUCAACCACAGGCGGAUGCAUUACUAGUCGCGUGUAUCCGCAAGCACCGUUCACGAAGUUCUCUUCGCCGACGACUGCGUCCUCAACACCACCUCGGAAGAGGAGAUGCAACGGAGCAUGGACCUAUUCUCCGCCGCAUGCGAGAACUUCGCUUUUAUCAUUAACACGGAGAAGGCGGUUGUCAUGCACCAACCGCCAGCCAACACAGCCCCUCCCCACAAUGGCCCACAAAUCAGCGUGAACGGAACCCAACUGCGGAUGGUGGACAACUUCACGUAUCUUGGAAGCACCCUCUCCCGCAGCACGAAAAUCGACGACGAAGUCGCUCGCCAGAUUUCGAAAGCUAGUCAGGCCUUCGGCCAUCUGCAGAACACCGUCCGGGACCGUCACGGUCUUCAUCUCAAUACGAAGCUGAAGAUGUACAAGGCAGUCAUCCUGCCGACGCUGAUGUACGGAGCGGAGACUCAGCCACUGCCACCUCAGCUGUCUUCGACGGAUACUAAAGCUGAGGUGGCAGGACCGGAUCCCCGACACUGA